GCGGCUCAAAAACUCGCGCCCUCUCGAGCGCGGCGCCUCACAAGCGACGCCCCAAAGCACGCACAGACUACGCCAGUAGCCCAGCGCUGUGCCCACAGCGCGAGCUCACUGCGCCGCGAAGAAAGCGAAGAAACGCCACUGCAGCCGAAACCGCCGCACCCACACGAAACAACCAUGUCCGCCAGCGACAGCGAGGAGGACACGCGUUCACCUGCACAACGCAUCAAGGACGGCCAGGAAGAGUUCGCCGAAGAAACCAAAGCUGGAGACGCCCUCCUCAAAAAAGCGACGAAGGGCGAAGCUCGACCGCUGUCCGACUUUUUCUUCUGCAUUAUCAGCGCUAGAAGACCGGGCAACGUCGUCAAGAUGGAGAGCACCCUCAAAGGCUGCUCCCCGACGUGGAUCGUGGCUGCGGGCGACAAGAAGGCCUAUGAAGAAGGUGGUGCUACGAAGGUCAUCGAGGGCGGCGGCCUCUGCGCCUCUCGCAAUAAAGGCUUGGAGCUCGCCAAGAAGCUGAACAAGCCCUGCGUGCAGUUAUCUGAUGAUCUCAAGACCAUUAGCUUCGUCUCCAGUAAAGAAGAUAAAAAUUGGACCAAGCCAAGCUCGCUAUCAGCAGCCAAUGUCAGGGCCAAGAGCGCCCAGAUCGAGCCCGUGAGUCCCGGCGCGGCGGCGCAGUACAUCGACUACCAGUCCAAACAAACUUCCAGUAAGUUGGGAGGCACGUACCCGUGCGGCAACGCGGGGCAAGGCUGCGCGAUGGCGCCCGUCGCGGCCGAACAUUUUGUGGUGGGCGACUUCUUCGUGUCGCAGCCGUCGGCGACCUGUAGAUUCGACGAAGAAUUGACGCUGAAGGAGGAUUAUGACUUCACGUGCCAGCACAUUCAUCUGUAUGGGCGCGUCGCGCGGUGCAACCGUCUUACAUUAUUAGCGGAGCACUAUGUCAACGAAGGCGGGGCCGUGUCGAUUAGGAACGCCACGGAGGAGAAGAAGAACAUCAAGCGCCUGCGGUCGAAGUGGCCCGGAGUGUUUCUUGGAAGUCCCCGCGGCGACUCGGAGGUGCGCCUCAUCUGGGACAAGCGCGACGUCGUGCUGGGCGGGAACCGCGUCUUCGAGACCUACGACGUCCGGGGCAAGCUCACGGUCUACGACAAGGACGAGCAGAAAGAUAUAAGGAGGAAGCGCCUCGCGAAGGGCGAGAAGCGUUUGGCGGAGGCCCAUGCCUCUUGUCUGGAGGAGGCGCUCCUGCCGCCCGCCGCCAAGAAGGCGAAGAAGUAGGUUACCGGGUGGACUAACACAAGUUAUCGUGA